CGGAGAGGCGGCUCAGGAGCCAUGGCUAGCCAGGACCAGUUUGUGGCAGGGGUUGCUUCGUCUGGUCCUGGACUUCGUUUCCAUCCAGCUCGGCCACGUGAGGAUGGAGACAUUGAGCGGAUGCAACCCCUUGUGUUGGGAAGAGUGCCGCGAGAGCGCAUGGCCUUGGGAACCUUUUGGUAUCUUGCUUGCCAACCUAAACGUGAAGGCGAUGAGUUGCAUGCGUAUGCAUCGCUAUUGCCCUUCCUCACUGGUGUCCCAACAGAUGCAAGCCCAGCGAGAGCUGCUGACAUCAGCAGGUUAGCACGUUGGCGACCAAUGAGUGCGAACUUGCCGGCAAGGGGAGAGGCGAUCCAAGUGGUCUUGGAUGGUCUUGAGUUUGCUCUACGAAUUUCGGGUGCCAGUGCAUCCCAAGCAGCAACAGUAGCACGCUUUGAGGUUCGCUUGUCGGCAGUCCGACAAAUGUCUUGUGCUUCAGCAUCAACACAAGCACUGGUCCAGGAGCUUGCUUUGACGAGCUGUGCUCGCCAUGCUGUCGAAGCAUCCAGCAUCAAGGAUGAGGAUGAUCCAAGAUCUGUAGCCCCAGAUUUGAAUCUGGCCGUGAACGAGUUGAGGACAAAGGUAUCUUCAACCCAGUCUCGGACCAUGGACUUGCCUUUGCUAAGUCAAGGGCCUGUGUCUGUCACUCCUACUGACUGUGAGUAUCUCUUCUUUGGAGCUGGUUUUCAAGGCGAUGCUUUGGACAAAGCGGAAGAGUUUGCUGGACAACCGCUUUCUGUUUGUAUCUCAGACUCGCGAGCGGACCUGCUCUGCCCACCAGACUUGUCGGAUGUGGGGCCUUUCGAGGUGAACACUCCUUCGGAGUUGGCGCAGCUGCUCGGGAGAGCUGCCUUGUCCUGCUCAAGGUUGUUGAACCAGCAGAACCUCUUGAAGAGUGCGCCUCACCUAUGCUUCUCGCUCAUUGCCAGAGUGCUGGUGUCCGUCCCGUUGGAUUAUACUUGGUAUGUCCAUCCCAGCUUCAAGUGGACCCUGGAAGUGCAGAACUUCAUUUUGGAUCGCUUGCAUUCGCUGGUGCGUCAGUUGGCAUUCUCGGCACUAUUGCUCGGUUCAGCAGGUGAUGUUGCUCUUCGAGCAGUCUCUGCCAUGGCUGCGGCGGUUGUCUUUGAUGCAGUUGCCCGACAAGCAACUGACAACAUCCCAUCAGUGCUUGCGCAGGCUCUGGGUCAAAGGCUUGGUCUUGGGCAAGGCUGCUUUGCAAGCGAGACCUCCGAGCAGGUGAUCACCCGUCCUUCCGCAGCACGAGCACGCAGUGCAAUUCUGGAAUACUUCGAGGCCGCAUCUGUUGCUGGCCAGCAGCCUGUGUUUCUUGCAGCAGAGGUAGGUGAGACUGAGCAACGCCUCGUCAAUGGUUGCUCGUUGCUGUUGGGUCUGGGCCCUGUCCGCUCUCGAGCAGCUCAGCUGUUGUCCGGAGAGGACCCAGCACUGGUCAGCCAGUUGCCUCAACUGGCCAUGAUGCGAGAUGUGGCCUUUAUUUCCCAGCUGCUUUCCCGAAGCGGAUCUUUGCCAUUCACUGCGCCCAGAGGGUGCACCCAACAAAGCGUGGUCUUGACAUGGAAAAGUCAAGAAGGAAGUACUUCGCUGACUGUGCGCGGACUUGGGCAAGGACAGAACACAGCUUUGGAAUCACUUCUGCCAGUUGCAGCCCAUGGAUCAAAGGACAAACAGACUGGGGCAGAGCGGGUCUUGGCCAGAAUGAAGAAGGGCCUUUUGGGCCUGACUGGUGCUGAACGGCGUGGUGCUGCAGCUUCACAGGCAGAUCCUGGCGCUCUCAUCGGAGAAAAGCUCCGUACAGAGGAGGAUGUGCUCUUCCUUCCAUCUGCCAAGCUACGUGGAUUUGAAGGUCUAUCUGCAUCGGAAGCAGAAGUUGUGCUGACAAUGCUGUUGGCUCCAUAUCUGCGGAUACCACUCCUAUUGGGUUUCUUGGGGACUUCGCAACGCGUGGGUGCCCUCGCAGACGAUCGGCUGCAGGGUGUCCUGGAAGCUGCAGUGUUUGAGCCCGGUCCAUGGCGAUCAACGACUUGUCCUCGGGAAGUGCCCAAGGUGAUCCCAGCCCCGACACGAAGCCAUCUAGCAACUACGUGUGGCCUGCUCAUCAACGAGCUAUGCAAUGCUCCACAGGCCACCACGACUGGAGCAUCGAGCCUUCUCCAAAGCUCAUUAGAGCGGGAUACCGGGCGAGCAGCCGCAGCUCCUGUGGGACUCAUUCUUUUUGCUAUACGGCUUUGUUGCAGGAUAUACUUUUACGCCCAGACAUUGCUUGAGUCUGACAGUGACCCGCGCAGCUCCCUUCGGGUGGCACUAUCUCUUGGUGCCGGUCGGCCAUGCCUGGAGGCUGCCUUGGGGCCUUUGCAAAAGCAGCUUCUGUCAGCCAGGCGAAGCCUGCAGCGCUGGGCAACUGAAGCUGCUGAACAUAGGAAGGCUGGACUUGCCUCUGCAGUUUGGUGCCAUUUGGCGAUGAUCCAGUCAAGCCUCGGAUGGAAAGAACAGACUGAAAAGACUAGCAAGGGAGCCGAAGGAGAAGCGCCAGUAGCUUUGCUGGCCGCCCAGUUGCUGACUUCUAUGCAUGUGCAUGUGGAGCGGCAUGAGCUACGAAGCAGCAUCAGUGAGAUUGUUUUGUCUCCACAUCCCAGCUCUGUCUCGCAGAGCGCGCCAGCAGUGGACCAGGACCCGUUGGGUGGAGCUUCAGCUUCGGAAAUGUUUACCAUCUUUGCAGAGGAGCGUGAUGCUCUCACGGAGUGGCUUCGGCAUGGAGGUAGCAAAGCAGCUACUGCUUUGGAGCAAGCAGUUGCGAUCGCCUCUCUCUCCACCGAGACUGAUUUCAGCAGCAACGUUGGAUUGUGGACAGAAAUCCGACCAGGUGUCUUCAUGCGAGCGGCCGAAGCUCCGUCUCAGGACAAACUGAAGCUGAAGGCUGGAGAGAGUGUAGAAGAGUAUCUGCAAAAAGUGGCAUCUCUCCCCAAGUUAGCCUUUGACACAAACCUUGGUAGCUUUGCCAUGCAGCAGGGAGAACUUCAGGUACUGCCAGGUUGGGCAGUGAAUUGCCCAGAACUUCAAGAGCUGUUUGGCCCUGAACGACUGCAAGGAGUGCUCGCAAGCCUCGUCCAAAGGACAGAGCAUCGCGAAUGUUUGAACCUUGCAGGUGAACGUUGCGAUAUGCACCGCUGGACUCCAGACCCUCGGCCCUGGCCGAUUCAAACAUCUGCCAGGGAUGCCAGAUGUUCCUGGCUUGAUGAAGCUGUCAAGACUGCUGGAGGCUUUCCUGCCAGUCUUGGAGCACCGAGACUGUUGGAUGCUACAGACAGGAUGGCCAGAUUGGCUUGUGAAUUGGAAGGACUUGAGGUCAUGGUGAUCCGGGAUCCACCUGUCCUGCAGAUUUUCGAGCAGUUGUCUCAUGCUCGGAUGAUCUACAAGAAGUUGAGAUGGACAAGUGACGCUUGCUGGUGCUUGUCAAGCUUCCCACUUCAGGAGCCCUGGUGCUCUGAGUCCGGUGUGUGGAAUCUAUGUUCUGGCGAAGGGGGUUUGCCUGGUUCGUCUGUGAAGCAGCAACCAGCACCUGCUAGCCAAGAGACGGUCCUAAUUGUCAGAGAACAAACACAGGACCAGGACGCAUUUGAUGUUGGAGCCAAAGGAGGUCGUGAGACUUUGCUCCCGUCCACUUUAAUGAGAGGACUUCUUCCAGAAGCCUUGCUGCGUGCAUUCCGCUUCUGGAGGGGCAGCGAUGGAAUUCUCCGUGCCGAGGAGAAGAAUCCAACACAGGGACUACCGCCAAAGUUGCAGGUGGAACCUCUUGAUGGCAAUCGUGCCAAAGUUGUACGCCUCCUGCCAUCACAGACAGUGCCAUCCCUGGCUCAAGGGAAACCAUGCAGGCAGGUCCUGGUAAAUCUGAUGCUUUGCAGCUCGACGUCUCCUUUGCGGCGGUUAGCUGAAAUGUUGAUUCGCGUGGAAGAUCUAGCCUUCAUUUUAUGCUGGGCAGAUGAAGCAGGUCAUAUAGUGGAAAUUGAACUUCCUCGCUUGGGCUUGCGGUUCAAGGCAAAUUCAAAAGGUGGAUUGGAGUGCUUGGGCUUUGGUGGACUUUGUAUCGGUGUCGACGACUUGUCCGGUCUUCCGUUCAGAGUGAGGCACAUGCUAGCACAAUUUGGUCGGGCAGCUUUGCUCCUCAAGGGACCAGACGGAGAGCUUGGAGUCCUUUGCUCGGCAUUGCAACGGCCCCGCCGGCCUGGUGGAGGGCCAUUCCCAUUGGAGUGGGUGGCACCUUUGGUGUUUGACCGAAGUGAAUCGAUCAGUUCAAGAAGCAAUGAGAAGUCUGGGCACUACUUCUUUUCUAUCCAUCCGUCUCAUUGCUAUGUUUCUGCCCAGGACCUGGCUGCUGAGCUCUAUCGGUUGACUUGCUGUUGGCUUAUGCACAGAUACGAAGAGGUCGUUCGUGCUUCUAGUUUCUUGGGCUGCGAUAGCUUGACUCAAGAGGAGGCCGAAUUGUGGAACCGACUGGGCACAGAAACAUCCCAUGACCAACACGUCGACGCACAAGCCUGUCGCUUGCAUCUUUCGACGGCGCUGCAGCCACUAGGUCUGGAUCCACCAUGGUCAACACGAGAUGCCUACAUACAGUUUGUUUUGAAUCGUCAACGCUGCUCUUCCAGCUGCAUACUCCCACCGGAAGUUGAGCUUCAGGUGAUUCAGAUGCUGCCGGAGCUGGACGGUAUCAGCUGGCUCUUGCGCAAUCGGAAACGAGUCCUUGAGGCACCCAGUGGAGUGUUGGUCGCUUUAGAGCCACCACCAACUGCACCAGGUGAUGGCUACGAAGUCAAGGUCUUCUCUGAAGCAGCCACUCCUGACUGGGCAAAUGCUGUCAGUGUGGUCGCACCUGCGGAGGAACUUUCAAAGACUGGUGCAGCAGCCCUGCGCUACAUUGACCAGCAGCUGUCAUCAGCUGGGAGCAACUGUCUCCCAAUGCAACUGGUUUUCGAAAUGCUCACGCGCGCCACAAUGCUACAACCAUUUCCUGAAGACCCUCCGCAUAUGGUUGCAGCAUGCCUUGCCAGAGCCUAUGGCCCAGCUUCAGCGGCGUUGGCGCUACUUGCCCGUGAUGAAGGUUUGGCAGAAAGCCUGCCAAAGCCGCCGAAGAAGCAAGGACUCUUGCCCUCAGCUGCUCAGAAACGAUGGCUCCAUGAGGUCAGGGAGAAGUUGGCCGCCGCUGUCAGCAACCCCUUGCCAGAGCCACCGGCACCUGCAGCUGUGCCAAGAGAGGUACUACUGAAACAUGAUGCUCUAAGACUUGCGGCCUGGCCUUUGGUGCAAGUUUCUGAUUGCGAAAGGAGGUUCGUUUCUGGAGUGGCAUCUUUGAGAAUGCCUUUGCAGGAGAUCGCCCAGGGACUCCUAUCCCGAGUUCACCUGCCUCAAGAGAUACCUGACUUUGCCUCCUGGGUCCUACAAAAGAUUCAGGCUGACAGUCACUGCACAUCUCGAGGAGCUCAAUGGGUAAACCGCCUGCAGAACUCCUUGACGGAGCUCCAAAUGCCAUCACAGGCAGCAGUUCUGCGAUGCGGAAUGGCAGAGAUCGCAAAUGCGUUGCAAAGGCAGCUGAAUUUUGACCGGCAAAAGGCAUCGGAGGCACUUACGGCCGCAGAAGAGGCAGCUUCGUCUUUGGCACCAGAAAGCUACAGUCAGAGUAAUUCCGCUUUGCGGUCCCUGCAGCUCCUGGCUGGCAUGGCGCCACGUUUGGAAUUCUUUGGCUUGGUGCGGCUGUUCAUGGCAGAAACAGGUUCAGACAUACUCACAGCGCUUGGCAUUGAUGACAUGAAGACCUUUGCGCUGGUGGCAGAGGCACUGUUUCUCCAGGUUCGGGCAACUCAGUGUGCCUCCGCAUUGCGAGUACUUCGAGAAGAGGAUGGCAGAUCUCUGGAAUUGAAAGGGAAAGUUGUUGCAGAAGAAGUGGCCAAGGAACGCUACUUCCUAUCUUUGGACAGCAUGAAUGCCACUGUGGAUCCACGACUGUUAGCUGUGGAGUUCAUUUUCGGCAUAAUGCUUCGGGAGCCUCAAGUGCAGGUCCUCCACUCGUUCGUCAAUGGAAAGGAGGAUGCCUGGGUUCAUCAGAUGCUGAUGGGAGGUGGCGUCUCAGCUGCUGCUUCGCCUGGAGCACGCACGAAGACGCCGAAGCGCAAUUUGUGCAUCGCCGCAGAGCAUCAAGUCAUGGGACUCAGGUCUUUGCGCCUCUUUCAUGUUUACCAGGGAGAGUCCAGAGUGACAACGCCCCAAAUGCAGAUCGACACAGCUGAAGCUCCGCGACCUCGUCCACCAGGACCAGUGCCGCAAAAUUCUCCCGGUCUUUCUGCAUGGGCAAAGGAAGAGGCUCCCGGGUUUGUCGUGCGAUGGAUCGCGUGUUUGCUUGGCAAGGUAGAGUCCUUCUCCAUGCCAGUUGUACAGAAAUUGAACUGCAGUGUUGAGUCGCAAGCACGGUCAGAGCUUUGCGUGGCACAUUUCCGAAAGGUCCUCGAUGCCUGGUAUCCAGGGAAAAGGACCUCCUCGAUGCCGACCCUUGAGCGCCGGAAGGAAAUUAUUCCAACUCCAGAGAUUCUAGCUGCAGUGCAAAGGUAUGGAAUUCGCGUCAGUGACAUUCGCCUCACCUCCCAGAGCAUUUUCGACAUUUGCAAAGAUUGGACUGGUCAAGAUUGGCGAGGAGGUCAUGCAGCCGACCCUUGUCCUUGGCCCGUACCUCGGGCCUUUGAUGGGCUGAAGUGCAGUUGGCAGCUGCUGGCAACGCCCUAUGGGCACAAUCGCGUUUACCUCAAUCCACCUUGGUCUCAGCUGGAUUGCUGGCUGGAGAAGGACAGCUGCAUCUCCAUCCUUACAACAGUACAGAAAUCUUUAAGGAUUGCAGCCCCUUUGCGUAUUAAGACCAGAAGGUUGCUACGUGUAGCAGAACUUGCCGCGCAGCAAAGUGCCACGGUUGCUCCUGCCAAUACUGGAAGGAUGCAGAGAUUUCUCAGUGCAGUGGGAAUGCGAUCAGAAGGGUCAAAGCGCUUUGAAGGGAAUCAGGAGCAAGCCUUGCAGGUCGCGCAAAAGAUGCUUGAGAUCUUCAGAGGAGCAGUUGCCCUGAUUGAUGAGAUUGAUUGGGUGAUGCACCCGUUGAAGAGUGAACUGCAUUGGCCUUGUGGACCUGUGAGACCAUUGGACUUAGCUGAAGCCACCGUCACGUCUGCUGAAUCUGGCCUGCGAUGGCGGAUCACAGGAUGUUUGGUGGACAGCAUACUAGAUCGCACUGGACAGGUCUGGACUGCUUUGGAGGCUGGCCAAUUGGAGCACAAGGUGAUGCUCAAGCCAAACCCCGUGGUGCUUGACAACCAGUGGUACUUUGCUGUUUUGUUGCCCUUGCUUUGCAAUGAGUUGGCAAACUUUCUGGGUCCACGAGCUGCUGUGCCUCGUGAUGAGCUGCUGGAGUUUCUGGGACAAGGCCGAUGUGGGCCGACCUUGACAAGGUUGCCGGACCAAGAGACAAAGCUUGCCACCCUGGCUCGCCAGCUGCUCCACAGCGUCCUUCCUCACCUUUUGGGACUUCCACACAGGAUCCGAUAUGGUUUGCUCUCAGACAAGGGCAGCACCUCUGCUUCUGACGGCCGUCUAUCCACAAAAGGUCGUGCUGCACGCAGAGCAUUGCUGGCUGUUCCCUUCAUUGGGAAAGAUUGCCCAUCAGCUGCCUCGGAGUUUGCACACCCAGACGUUGCUAUUGGGCUUACGAUCUUCUCCUACCACUUUGAGGGCUUGAGAAAGCAAGACUUUGUCCUUCUGCUCAAAUUGCUGCGAGCGGAGAUGGAGGAGGAGAGAGGGCCUCUUGCACGGAGGCCAAGCUGCCUGCGCUGGGUUUCAUGGGUGAGGGAAGCUGGAGGCCGUGUCACUGGCUUCAGUUGGGGUGGAAGACUCUUGGCCGACAUGCCAAAGGAUGAAGUGCGCCUGGACGCUCCUCCAGCUCAUCAGAUUCAGUUGGAAGAUGGACUUGAGGAGCUUCGAAACAACGUUUGGCCAUUGGAAAGGGUCAGUCUAAAAGACAAGCACCAGGUGCAUGUACUCUGGCGAUUACUGUGGCGAUCUGCCGGUGCAGUCAGACACUAUUUGUACGAGCAUGUCUUCCCCGGCGUCAUGGGUCUCAGCGAUUCCCUUCUGUCUUGUACAGCUCAGGAGCUUGGAAGCAAUGUCCUUUUCAGCCGCAGGCUUGGGUUCAGCGGAACUCCUUCAGAAGUGUUGCCAGCGAGCAUGGGUCAAAUCCACUAUGAGCAUGGAUGUGAUGCAAAGAUUUUGAGCACCUUGCUGAACCCAAAGGUCGUCACCAGAACAGAAACCCUACCUGUCGGCUGGGACCCACAGUGGCUAUUGCAGCGGGCUGCGAAGGGUGACUUUCAUGCGCUUAUUGAUGCCGGCGCUCUUAUUGUUGGAUUUUCCAACUUUACAGCUGCGACAAAGCUCUUGGAGUGCUUACCAAUGACAUUUCUGGGCGUGGUCUUUCUCACAGAAGCGGAUGAGUCUGUGGUGCUGCUUCGAGAUGGGCGAAUCUUGCCACUGGCUGAUUGUGGCCUCUCUCCGUCGCAGAGAUUCACGUUUUACGAUCAUGUUCACACCACUGGCCUUGAUGUCCAUCAAGCUCCAUAUGCCAGGGCUGCAUUGACCCUGGGCAAGGACAUGCUUUGGAGGGACUAUGCCCAGGCUGCGUUCCGGAUGCGUGGUCUUGGCCCUGGGGCCCAAACACUCCACUUGUUGGUGCCUCCAGAAAUUCGACAUCUGAUCGCAGCAGCAGAUCAAGUCGCCCCUCCCAUGGAACCCAUGCUGCAAGUGCAACCCAUGCAGCCAGCUGGCUCGCAAGGUUUGGAUAUCAACGAGGAUUUGAUCUCUUUGGGCCCAGUCCUGCAAAGUCCUGGAUUUGCACAGCAGCCUCCGGUGCUCUCUUCUGGAUUGGACUCGUUAUCGGAGUUUGACUUCUUUCAGCCCAGAGUUGCUGAAACUACAUCCUUUCCGCAAGUUCCACGGCUUCAAACUGCACAUUGGACGGAAAAUAGUAUCGAGCACAACAAAGAGCUCGCAGCAGCACUUCGUUGGACAGGAUGCAACACUCUGGACAGUGAUAUCAAGCAGUUUGCGCUCCUGUGCGAGCAGAAUGUCGAAGCGCUCUGGAGGAGCAAAGCAUGGGCCGUUGUACAGGGCCGCGGGGAGGGUUUGCAAGCAGCUGUCGGAUUGGGAGUCUCUGCAAGCUUGACUGUGCUUCGAACCCCACGAGAAGAUGUCAUUCCCAACGAUCCUGAUCCACUUGUGGAGGAGAGGACUUUGGGUGAAAGGUUGUCAGAAAGACUUCGGGCCAAUGCGCAUUGGAUAACACCAGAAGCCAACCAGAGCGGAAAGCAGCUUAUAGCGGAGGCUGAUGGUCUGACAAGACAAUUGCGGGCCCGACGUGGAGCAGGUUCCAAGAUGGACCAGGAGCAGGUGCAGGAAGAAGAGCAAGAAGAGGAACAGGAGCAGGAACAAGAGGAAGAACAGCAGCAGGAAGAGGAGGUUGAACAAGAGGAUGAAGAGGAAGCUCCGCUGGAGCAGAAGUACUCCCGCGAAGAUGAGGGUGAAACACCGUGGAAUCCAGAGAUCCUCUCACAUGAACCGAAGUUGAAUGAUAGUAGUGGGGCCUUUUACGCCUGCUGUGAUGGACUUUCAGUCUUCAACGGGAAGCUGUUACAGGCGCAAAAGUGCUUGGGCUUUCCACGCUGGUUUUUGGCAUCGCAGAACUACUUUCGGCAGCAGUGGCGACUGAAAACUGUGCGAAGACUGAAGAACAGCAUCAUGUUGGUGGAGUGGGCACCAGGAGGCCGCACAAAAGAUAUGUGGCAGCAGCUUCAGGGUGUUACACCUGAAGAAGCCAUUCAAGCUGCUGUGAGCGCUUGCGAACUGGAUGGAACUGAGGACUUGACUGAAGCACAAGCAAAGUCACUAUUGGAAUGCUUGCACCUGUCGCCUUCAACCGGCAUAGGUGGCGAUUUGAGACUGCCAAGGAGUGUCACCGAGCUGAAGCAAUUUGUGGCAGCAGAAUGUCCAGUGUGUCCCGUCCAGCCCGGACGACAUUUCUGUUUGGUGUCUCUCAUCGAAGCAGAGCAUUUACGCGCUGUACUGCACCUACGGCCACCCUUUCCAAUGGGAAUUGCACUGCGAUCGCCUUCAGCGCUGGAAAAUCAGCCUUUGGACACCAGCAAUGACUUCUCAUUGGGGCCGCCCUUUCAAGCAUAUGCAGCAGCGCAGCUUUGCCGGUUUGUGGAUUCGGAGGCUUCCUUUAGCUCGCGAGAGCUUUGUUCUGUUGACCUCAACAUCAAGAGUCCGCAUGACGAGCGCAUGGAUUGGUGGGAGCAUGUGCGCCGGUGCCGGCGUCGAGCACAAGCACGUCCUGUGCCAUCCCUUUCAGUUUCAGCCUUGCUACUUCCGCCAUCCAUACGCUACAAGGCACGUUUGGAGAGCUCUAUCACGAAGGUCAAGGCUGUCCUCCGGCGUCGAGGCACUUCUGCCAAGCAACUAUUUGCUCUGCAGGCUGGGCGGAAGUCGCUGCACAUGAGCGUCCACGAACUAGCCCAGGGGCUUCAACAAUUUGGCCUUCUGGAUCAAGCAGAAGCUGGACGAUUGGCUUUAGCAGCUGCAAAGUUCGAGCGCCAAAGCUUCCUUGCAGACAAGAACUUGUCGGUGAGCCUGGAGAACUUCGUGAAGCUCAUGGGAACAGUUCCUGGAAGCUUGGUUGAAGACGAUGAAGACGACCACCACGCCACAAUAGAUGUGGCAUCUUCCCCCAGCGCAACAUUGGCCGAAACCCAGAUCAAUCUUGAGGUUGGCCGAUGGGCAAUCAAGAUAGUUCCACACGAUCGCAUGAUGGAAGUCUGGAGCUCCAAGAAGGUCCCUGGUACGGAGGCACGCCCUUUCAGUAUUUGGCGGCCUGACCUGAAGUCUGGUGCCGCUGCUGGAGGAAAUACCUUCCAACAGGGGCUCAGGAGUCUGGUUGGUGCUGGGGUGGGACGACCUUUCUUUCUCGGUGACAUUGGCAAAAAGGGCCAUGAUGCACCAAACACAUGUCUGGUUGCUAAGAUCAAGCUGGCAAAGAGUCCUCCCAGAGGGGCUGGCAUUGGUCUAGGUCUCGAUGCUUGGAUGUCACGAUUUCUCCCGCGACCAGUGGCUUUUCGUUUGCUUUGGCAUGAUCGGCGUGGAUCAUGUGCUGAUGCAUUUGGAGGAUCAUCUCCAGGUGGAGAAGGCCUAUAUGUGUGGCGGCCAGUCCCUCCAAGCGAUCUCUACGUGGCACUAGGCGCGGUGUGUACGACAGACGCUUCUGAACCUCGUGGGGUUGAUGUCCGUUGUGUGCCUCGUGCUUGGCUGGUGAGAGGAGACACCCUGGGACCCGCUCUGUGGAGUUUGGGAGAUCGGCACGAAGUCAAAGUGCAAGAAGGGCUGGGUGGAGUGAUCGCAUGCCCUACUGAGAAUCUCAGAUAUUUGCCUUGCUGGGCAUUCAUAUCUGAUAAGUUCUUUGUCGGCACGUGAC